AGACUGGCGAAGAAGGUUGACGAAGCGGGAAAUGCAAACAAACUUGAUGGACGCAAGUUUACGAUGAAGGAACACAGCAAAUUCCUGUUUUUUAUUUCCUUUGCAAGCCUCUGUUCAAUAUGUGAUACUACUCUGAUGUAAACAUCACAAUGAAAAAUUUGGAUAAAGGGAUAAGCCAGAUAGUGUUCCCUAAUAAAGAUAUGGCUGAGCCAGAGAGACCUGACCCUCCCUGUGUCGACAAAGUAACUCACUGCUCCAUUGAACUGAGCUGGGGUGGGGCGGGGCCAGAGGGUGAUGCUAAAGGUGAUGGUAGGCGGAAAUACUGUGUUCAGGAAGAGGAGGAGGGGAAAGAUAGGGAGUAUGGCACUGUUUAUAAUGGUUUUGCCAUUAACCAUGUAUUCAGAGGACUAGAGCCAAAUACAACAUAUCACUACCGCAUCAGAGUCAGUAAUAAUCAUGGGUGCAGCGCAUGGAGUGCUUCCAUUUCUGUCUCAACCACAAAGGUCCCCUUGACAGGACAAGACAUCCACAAGGCUAUUGUUAACUGGGAAGUAGAAAAAGUCAAGCAUAUCUUAGAUGAAAGUGAUGAUAGUUUGGUGAAUGUGCCUGAUGUUUAUGGUAUGUCGCCUCUGAUGAUUGCAUCACAAAAAGGAUACACGAGUAUUGUUGAGAUUCUGAUUGAGCGUGGUGCUGAUGUGAACUAUGUCAGUGGCAGUGGAAAAACAAGUUUGAUGCUGGCAUGUUUUGGUGGCCACUUAAAAGUAGCAACAAUUCUGCAUGAGCACGGGGUCAUCCUGACCUACAAGGAUAAUGGUGGAUCUAACGCAUUACACUGGGCUGUGGAUGGAGACAGAGAUGACUGUAUUCGAUGGUUGCUAAACUGUGGAGUGAAGGUUGACGAGGCUGACGAUUCAGGAUGGUCUCCUCUUGUACGCUUGGCUACAGUGGAUGGCUCUGAACACACCGCGAGAACGCUCCUCGAUUACGGUGCUGAUGUGAACAAACGCGACAAGACGGGCCGUACAGCCUUGAUGGCUGCAGCGCUGAAUGGGAAUCUGAGGCUUUGCCAGUUGCUCAUUCAACACGGCGCGGAUCAAACACUUACUAAUGAGAAUGGAAGAACGUGUCUGGACUUUGCAGAGUCGUUUGGAAGGAAGAUACACUCAAACCAUUUUAUGGUUCCAGUAUGCCUGCCCGUUGUAGCAAUAUUCAAUCAUUUCUUUUUAGGUUACAUUGACUAAAUAUUUUGUUCAAUCUUUAUUUUUGGAUUCAAUCUUUUCAUUAUAUUCAAUCUCUUUUACUUUUCCAUUCAAUCUUUUCAGGUCAAAGCGGUAGAAAUGUAUUACUAUAUUUUUUUGGGGUCGAAUAAUUCCGGGUUUUUUUAUUAAAUCCUUAGCAAGAAAGGCUUCUUACGGUCUAUGACAUUAACACCCUUGAAACUGCAUUAUUCAUGUAUAAAUUCGACAAUAAUCAAUUACCGGGGACUUUUGAUAACUUUUUUAAAA